UGGAGGAGCGAGAGGGCUUGUGAGCGGACGGACAGAAGGACAGAGAGACGGACAGCCACUGGGUCUGGGCCAUACUGCGUUUUAGGCAGGGAGGCAGCCAGCACCCCUGACCUUGGCCCAUGGCUGUGGCCGUGGCGGCUGGGCGGUGACGCGUCGGGCAGUGGGUCCGGUGUGAAUGUGAAUCUGUGUGUGUGUGUGUGUGUGUGUGUGUGUGUGUGUAUGUGUGUGCGUGUGCGUGUGGGCCCGCCCGCCUGCCGCCGCCGCCGCCCGCCCGCUCCGUGUCUCGCUCUCCGCCCGCCCCGCCGCCCGCUCGCUCCAGGCCGGGUUUUGCCGCCGCCCGUCGCCCGCCCGCCGCCCGCCCGCCGCUGCCUCCUGGCGGCUCCUGAACUCCAGCCCCCUCUCGAUCAGCCGCUCACUCCGUCUCAAUAUGUCUCAAGAUGGCGGCCAAUGUGGGAUCGAUGUUUCAAUAUUGGAAGCGCUUUGAUUUACCGCAGCUGCAGAGGGAGCUCGAUGCUACAGCAACAGUAUUGGCCAACCGACAAGAUGAAAGCGAGCAGUCUCGGAAGAGGCUCAUUGAACAGAGUCGAGAGUUCAAGAAAAACACUCCAGAGGAUUUACGCAAGCAGGUAGCUCCUUUGUUGAAGAGUUUCCAAGGAGAGAUUGAUGCACUGAGUAAAAGAAGCAAAGAAGCCGAGGCCGCCUUCCUGAAUGUCUAUAAGAGAUUAAUUGAUGUCCCAGAUCCGGUCCCGGCGCUGGACCUCGGGCAGCAGCUCCAGCUCAAGGUCCAACGGAUGCACGACAUUGAAACGGAGAACCAGAAGCUAAGGGAGACCCUGGAGGAGUACAACAAAGAGUUUGCCGAGGUGAAAAAUCAAGAGGUUACGAUAAAAGCACUUAAAGAGAAGAUCCGGGAAUACGAGCAGACCCUGAAGAACCAGGCGGAGAACAUCGCUCUGGAGAAGGAGCAGAAGCUGCAGAAUGACUUUGCGGAGAAGGAGAGAAAGUUGCAAGAAACACAGAUGUCUACCGCCUCCAAGCUGGAGGAAGCCGAGCAGAAAGUCCAAACGUUGCAAACAGCCCUGGAAAAAACGCGGACAGAAUUGUUUGACCUGAAGAGCAAAUACGAUGAAGAAACAGCCGCCAAGGCUGACGAGAUCGAGAUGAUCAUGACUGACCUGGAGCGAGCGAACCAGAGGGCAGAGGUGGCUCAGAGAGAGGCCGAGACCUUAAGGGAACAACUCUCGUCAGCCAACAAAUCUCUCCAGCUUGCUACUCAGAUCCAGAAGGCCCCUGAUGUGGCGAUAGAGGUACUGACCCGCUCCAGCUUGGAAGUGGAACUGGCUGCCAAGGAGCGCGAGAUCGCCCAGCUCGUGGAGGACGUCCAGCGGCUCCAGGCCAGCCUGACGAAGCUCCGAGAGAACUCGGCCAGCCAGAUCUCACAGCUCGAGCAGCAGCUGAGUGCCAAGAACAGCACCCUCAAACAACUGGAAGAAAAAUUGAAAGGCCAGGCCGACUACGAGGAAGUGAAGAAGGAGCUCAACAUCCUGAAAUCCAUGGAAUUUGCCCCAUCGGAAGGCGCUGGGACCCAGGAUGCGUCCAAGCCACUGGAUGUCUUGCUGCUGGAGAAGAACCGCUCUCUGCAGUCGGAGAACACCACGCUGCGCAUUACCAAUAGUGACCUGAGCGGGUCAGCCAGGAGAAAAGGGAAAGACCAGCCUGAGAAUCCGCGCCCUGGAGCUUUGCCGGCCUCCCCUCCUUCUCAGUUGCCCCGCAACCCGGGGGAGCAGGUUUCCAAUACUAAUGGUACCCACCAGUUCUCACCAACGGGUUUAAGUCAAGACUUUUUCAGCUCAUCCCUGGCAAGCCCCAGCCUCCCCCUGGCUUCUACAGGAAAAUUUGCACUAAACUCUCUCCUCCAGCGACAGCUAAUGCAGUCCUUCUACUCCAAGGCCAUGCAGGAAGCCGGAAGCACAAGCAUGAUUUUUCCAACAGGUCAAUACAGCACAAACUCCAUCCCCUCCCAAAGUCCAUUACAACAAAGCCCCGACGUAAACGGGCUGGCCCCGUCCCCCAGCCAGUCCGAAGGCGCCGGCAGCGUCUCCGAAGGCGAGGAGAUGGACACAGCCGAGAUCGCGCGCCAAGUGAAAGAGCAGCUGAUUAAGCACAAUAUCGGACAGCGCAUCUUUGGACACUAUGUCUUGGGCCUGUCGCAAGGCUCUGUAAGCGAGAUCCUGGCCCGGCCCAAGCCGUGGAACAAGCUGACCGUGCGUGGCAAGGAGCCCUUUCACAAGAUGAAGCAGUUCCUGUCCGAUGAGCAGAACAUCCUGGCUCUCCGGAGCAUCCAGGGCCGACAAAGAGAAAAUCCAGGCCAGAACCUGAACAGACUAUUUCAGGAAGUGCCGAAGCGAAGAAAUGGGUCCGAAGGAAAUAUCACAACUCGUAUCCGAACCACUGAGACUGGCUCUGAUGAAGCCAUCAAGUCUAUACUGGAGCAAGCCAAAAGGGAGCUCCAAGUACAAAAGACAGCAGAGCCACCCCAGCCAGCCUCGGCCUCGAGCAGCGGGAACUCCGACGACGCCAUCCGCUCCAUCCUGCAGCAAGCGCGCCGAGAGAUGGAGGCCCAGCAAGCAGCCCUGGACCCUGCCUUAAAGCCAGCGCCCAUGUCCCAAGCGGACAUGUCCAUCAUCUCCCCCAAAAUCAUCAGCACGUCGCCGCUGUCCUCCGUGUCCGGCUACUCUCCUCUGGCCAUUUCCCUGAAGAAGCACUCGGGAGCCGACGCUAGCAUCUCUGCUCUGCAGAACCUCUCAGGUCUCAAGAAGGAGGCCCAGGAGGGCCCCGGGCUCGAGCUCCACGCGGCGAGCGACGCCGCGGCGCAAGGCGUGCUGCGGCACGUCAAGAGCGAGCUGGGCCGGGGCGGGGUCUGGAAGGACCACUGGUGGAACACUGUCCAGCACGAGCGGAGGAGCGCGGCUCCCCCCGAGGAGGCCAAAGCCGAGGACGCCGGCAGCAGCGCGAAGGAGAAGGCCGGCGGCGGCGGCCAGCCCCGGCCCGAUCGCGGCCAGCUCCAAGGACCCUCGUCCUCCGAGUACUGGAAGGAGUGGCCCAGCGCGGAGUCUCCCUACUCCCAGAGCUCGGAGCUGAGCCUGACGGGCGCCAGCCGCAGCGAGACCCCCCAGAACAGCCCUCUGCCCUCCUCCCCCAUCGUCCCCAUGUCCAAGCCAUCCAAGCCCUCCGUCCCGCCGCUGACCCCGGAGCAGUACGAGAUCUACAUGUACCAGGAAGUGGACACAAUCGAGCUGACGCGCCAGGUCAAGGAGAAGCUGGCCAAGAACGGCAUCUGCCAGAGAAUCUUUGGGGAGAAGGUUUUGGGCCUCUCACAGGGCAGCGUCAGUGACAUGCUGUCAAGGCCGAAGCCAUGGAGCAAACUGACCCAGAAGGGCCGGGAGCCGUUCAUCCGGAUGCAGCUGUGGCUGAACGGCGAGCUGGGGCAGUGCGUCCUGCCUGUGCAAGGGCAGCCCCAGGGACAAGUCCUCCACUCUGUGACGGCGAUGCAGGACACCCUCCAGCAGGGCUGUGUGAGCUCAGACAGCACUCCAAAGACCUCCGCCAGUUGUAGCCCGGCCCCGGAGUCGCCAAUGAGCUCCAGCGAAUCCGUGAAGAGUCUGACAGAGUUGGUGCAGCAGCCGUGCCCUGCCAUCGAGACGAGUAAGGAGGGAAAAGUCCAAGAGCCCGGGGACCCUCCCGCCUCCGACUCCCAGCCCACGACGCCUUUGCCGCUCUCUGGACACUCGGCCCUCAGCAUCCAGGAACUGGUCGCCAUGUCUCCUGAGCUGGACACGUACGGCAUCACCAAGAGGGUCAAAGAGGUGCUCACAGACAAUAACCUCGGUCAGCGUUUGUUUGGGGAGACAAUCUUAGGGCUCACCCAAGGCUCCGUCUCAGACCUUCUCGCUCGCCCUAAACCCUGGCACAAGCUCAGUUUAAAGGGAAGGGAGCCCUUCGUCCGGAUGCAGCUGUGGUUGAAUGAUCCCAACAACGUGGAAAAGUUGAUGGACAUGAAGCGGAUGGAGAAGAAAGCUUACAUGAAGCGGCGGCACAGCUCAGUGAGUGACAGCCAGCCCUGUGAGCCCUCCUCCGCGGGCAUUGACUACAGCCAGGGCGCCAGUCCACAGCCCCAACAUCAGCUGAAGAAGCCCCGUGUGGUGUUGGCCCCCGAAGAGAAGGAAGCCCUCAAGCGAGCCUAUCAGCAAAAGCCAUACCCAUCACCAAAAACCAUAGAAGAGCUCGCCACCCAGCUCAACCUGAAGACCAGCACCGUCAUCAACUGGUUCCACAACUACAGGUCUCGCAUCCGCAGAGAACUCUUCAUUGAAGAAAUCCAAGCAGGAAGCCAGAGCCAGGCCGGGGCCAGCGACUCGCCGUCGGCCAGGAGCGGCAGGGCAGCUCACAGCUCGGAGGGCGACAGCUGCGACGGGGUGGACCCCGAGGGGCCGCCCGAAGGGAAGACGGGCGCCCACGGGCCCGACGCGUGCGAAGACGCCGGCCACGCAGCCACAAAGUCUCAGGGAGGGCAGGCAGAGGCGGCGGUGGAAGCGAGCGGGGAGGCCCUGCAGCCCGCCAAGUCUUCAGAGAAAGCCGAGGCAUUCCAUUUGGGAAUGGAGACCCUGGCCGAGACCACCGACGAGGGCCGGCCCCGAGGGCCGCGUCGGAGUUCUCCGCCAGGGUCUCACAGUUCAGGAGAACCUCUGGAGGCCCCACCAAACUCUGCUCCAAAAGAGGACGCCUCUACCUCAGCUGCCUCCACCGCGGGCCCGACCGGGGAGAGCCCCUACCGGCCGAAGGAGAGUUCGGAGAAAAGCCCCAGUUUGCCAAGUACCAGCUCCACCCCGGCGGGCCCCGGCCCCCAAAAGCCCCCCUCCCUCCAGAGCCUGUUCAGCUUCCCCGAGGCGGCCGGCUCCAAGAACACGCGAGACAACACCCUGAGGAAAAAGAAAGCUGCCAACUUAAACAACAUCAUCCACCGCCUGGAGAAGGCCGCCAGCCGCGAAGAGCCCGUCGAGUGGGAGUUCUGAGAGGCCGCUGGCCGCCCUGGCGCCCUCGCGGCCUGGACCGACCUCCCUCCCCUGUCCCUCUGCUGGCUGGCGUCCUUGGGUUGCGCACUUACCGCCCUGCAGGCCACAGGGCAAAAUCGCCAUAGGCCAAGGUGCAUAUAGAAAACAGAAGGGGCGUCGAGCCCAUUUACGUUGCGUUUUCAAGGAAGAAAACAGAGAUGUGUAGUCAAGCCUUUUUGUACCCUCAAGUGUUUUUUUUAUUGCCCUAAGUGAUUUCCACAGUUUCUGGAAUAACUCUUACAACCUUUGCCUUGUGCCCUCGUCUUUCGUGUGGGCUUUUAAAAAAAAUCAAACCCACAUAUUAAAAGGGGGCUUUUUAUCUGCCAUCUAAUGGCUUCAGAGCGAUAAUACACUAUUAUCUUCUUAAACCAGGAAAAAAUGGGGAGGGGGUGGGGAAAUUUUUCAGAAAAGUUUAAAAAAAAAGAAAGUUUUUGUAGCUGUCCAGUUGCCACUAAGAGAUUGCACAGUCAAGCCGACUCUAAACACACUAGUUUGGAUUCCUAAAUAUUUUCAAGAAAAGAAUCUUCUUGUUUGAAACUUUGAAUUUAAAAAAAAACACAUUUACUCCACAUAUUUUUUAACAAAAGAAAAAAAAAGUCACAUCAGGAAAAUAUCUUGGUUUGUGGUAGCUGACGGGCGGGCGUCGUGUUUUCUGUGAGUGACAAUAGAACCUUGAUACGUAGUGCACAUUACUCCAUAGCUUUAACCGAUUCUGGGCUUUUGCAGACCAGGGUCUGUUUAAUACACUCCAUUUUAGGCCAAAUCAGGACAAAAAAAAAUCGGAAUCUAGGUAUUUUAUAAUCUGCUUUUUAACCUCUAACCGCAGAGCACGCUGAACAGACCUCAUAUCUGGGAGGUUUCGGAGACAAGUUAGAACCGUAGCAUGUACUUGUUGGUUUUGCUUAAUUUAUAGCGUCUAUGUGUUUUGUUUGCCUGCGUGUGGAUGUUUGUGUUGUGUGCGUGUGUGUGUGUGCGUGUGCGUGUGUGUGUAUGUGUGUGUGUGUGAGCUUCAAAAAAGAAAGAGGGAAAAGAGUUGGCCAGUAACAUUUCAGCAUGCAGCUCGGGGGCUCUUGGUUACAAUUUGAGGUGCCAUGGGGAACUUGGAAAAGGUUCCACUCGUCGAUGGAAGUCUUUCCUUGUUUUAGAUGGUAUCACAUAGCACUCCCACUGAGCUGAAGCCUGCCUCACAUGAAGAUAGCUCCCUUGAUGUCCUAUUCUCUCUCUCUCCCUCCCUCCUUCCCUCCCUCCCUCCCUCUCUCUCUCUCUCCCUCCUUCCCUCCCUCUCUCUCUCUCUCUCUCUCUUCCUCCCUCCUUCCUUCCCUCCCUCUCUCUCUCUCCUUCCCUCCUUCCCUCCCUCUCUCUCUCUCUCUCUCUCUCUCUCUCUCUCUCUCUCUCUCUCUCUCUCUCUCUCUCUCUCUCUCUCUCUCUCCUUCCCUCCUUCCCUCCCUCUCUCUCUCUCUCUCUCUCUCUCUCUCCUUCCCUCCCUCUCUCUCCCUCCCUCCCUCCCUCCCUCUCUCUCUCCCUCCCUCCCUCUCUCUCUCUCCCUCCUUCCUUCCCUCCCUCCCUCUCUCUCUCCCUUUCUCUCUGUUUCCCUCUCUCCCUACCCCCUCUCUCUCCCUCUCUCUCUCUCUCUCUGUCUCUCUCUGUCUCUCUCUCUGUCUGUCUGUCUCUGUCUCUCUCUCUCUGUCUCUCUCUCUCUCUCUCUCUCUCUGUCUCUCUCUCUCUCUCUCUCUCUCUCUCUCUCUCUCUCUCUCUCUCAUCCCCACAAGCUAUCUCUUGCUAUCACAGUAUCCGUCACUAUUGCUCUCUCCCUCUCCCUCUUCCCACUACAAGCACUGAUCACUAUUGUUGACGUUGUGGGAAGGUUGUUUAGUUGUGUUUGGUUUGUUGGGGUUUUUUCCUAUAGAAGAAGAGAGCUCCCGGCAGUAACCAUCCGGCCCUCCCCAUCUCCCAAAUAGAAAUGGCCCAAACUCUUAAACCAAAAUGUCCACGCUCUCGAAUUCUGGUUCCGAUGGUUUUGCCCAUUAUCGAGUUUGCCUCUUAAACACAAGAUUCCUUUCUGCACAGUUUAGGACAGACUGAGUACAGAUCAGAAGUCUAACUUGUCUCUAAUUCCUCCUGUCGUCUCUGUGUAUAUGCGUGAGAACAGAGGUGAGUGCGAGUGUGCGCGAGUGGGUGCGUGCGCGGGCGUGAGAGCGGUUUUAUACGUCUUGUCUUUUCUUACCUACUUGUGCACACAUGGGAGUGCAUUACUGCCACCUUUCUUCAAUACACUCUUUUAUCAGUUUGGCUUCAACAAAUUUGCUAAUUUAGACUCCUUUAUUGCCAUAUCUUUAAAACUAACAAUAGAUGAUUUCGGUAUAUAUAUAAAUAUAUAUAUUAUUUUUUUUUGCUUAUUUAUAGGUGCUGUAUUUUAUUAUCUGAUUGUUAGGAAGGGAUGAAAGGGGGCAAAUAUUCUUUAGUGGGAUAGACUGCCGGCAGUAUUGGGUAUACUUUACAAGAUGUCAUUGUCAUACUGUAUAUUAUUGAUUGAAAACUUUUGACCGUGUUGUGUAUCAUUGAAACUUUUGUCUUAGGUCAGCAUCUUUGGAUGACAUUCUCAUGGUGCAUUCGUUAUUUCUUAAGUUGAAUGACUAUUUCUUUUUCUGGUGGGGGGAGGGGGCGCCACAAUUUGGAAGGUAUUCCCCCACUGCCACGCCUCGACGUGCUUGUAUUAAUUAUCUCGUAGGAUUUGGACUGUAAGAUGUGAAACCAUAUUUCUUGCAUGAUGUUGUAGAAAUGAUGUAUUUCAUUUACAGUCUCUUAACCUGCAGCACUUAGUUUAAGUGUUCACAAAUUCAGAGUCACUACACUUUUUUGGAAUGCCUUUUCAUGAAUAAGAAGUAUGCAGAAGGCUCUAGGAGGCUGGGAGACAGUAGUUUAUCUUCGUAUGGUCCGUCAGCUCUGAGCCCAACAUCUGGUUCGGUGACUGAGGUUCCCGUAGGGAGUAGAGAUCCAAAUGGAGACCCUUGAGAAGAAAGCAGAUCCCCAUCUCGCCGAGCCCCAGUGCAUUAUGGAAGGAGACUGUUCAGGAAAUGGCCAACCCCCUUCAAAAAAGACUUGUCAGGACCAUGGAGAGCACCAGGAGAGCUUUGGGGAGGGACCCCUGGGAGAAUCUAGCAGCCACAGGGCAAGUCUGAGGGCAAAAAGUAUGGAGAUAGAAAUGAAUAUCUAGGUGACAAGAAGUAUUUGCAAAGCCAUCGAGCCCCGGAAUGUUGUUGUGCAGCCUAGGUUCUCUAUGCUUCUUCCAAGUAAAUCAUGAUUUGGAGGGUUUUCUUUUUCUGACUAGAUUGUCAUGGACUACCUUCUUUAUCUGACCUUUUCUUUUUUUUCCUUUUCUUUUUUUUAACCAGAUUAACAUCUGGGUGCUUGAUACAAUCAGUUGACUAAGGUUUGCUUGCAGCUCUGUUGGCAGGUUUUCCCCCUCCCCUAUUAUUUAUUUGUGUAGUUUAGAUCUCCACCCAGUGGUCUUUGAUGUUAGGUUUUCAUCUCAGUCUUUCCUACUCCCUAAGAGCUACCACUACAGGACAUGGAAACCCAUUUGGGGAGUUGACCUUCCCCCCACCCCGCAUCGGCCCCCCUUCAAUGGAACAUAAGUUAAUCUUUCAUCUUGAUAAGCAAUAUUCAAGUGCCUUGAAAAGCGUGCCCUUAGUUCAAGUUUACUUUCUUCCCAGCUCUGCAUUUGGCCCUUCUCUAGAUCUCUUUCACACAUGCAAGCAGAUCUCCCUCCUUUAUGCUGUCACUUUAAAGGGCUGAUUUGUACCUCUCCCCCAGGGAAAAUGUUUCCAUUUAAAACACUAACAUUUAAUUACAAGCUCCAUUAUACCAUUUCACACGGUUUCUUUGUGCUAAUUGGAGGCAGUAUUCAUCAUUCUAGAGGCCAGGUUGCUGUUGGGGCUACCUUAGCCAGGCAUGUCAGGUUUGUGUGUGACGCCCAGGAUGAAAGGUGCGUUUGUUCCCGUAGAGAUCGGCCGCCGCGAGCGCCUCUGGCUGCCCGUAAAGCCAGCCCUCAUCCUGGCACACAUCUGGAAAGGGGCAACCGACAGCUGUGCGUGGCCUUGGAGCUCCGUUUUCCCCAUAACGGCAGACCUGCAAGGUGACUGCUUGGGAAGGCCACUGCUCUAAGUUAGUAAGCCAGGACAGUGUAAGGUCCCGGGGAGGAGGCAGGGACCCCUGGGGCCCCUGGUGCUCAGCCCCGCCAGGAAGGAGGGCUGGGGCGAGGACGGGAGACUGCCUCCCUCCACCCAAGACGGCUUUUCCAACACGGUCAUUUCUAUCAAGUUAAUGGUAGGGGAAGACUGGAGGGGAGGGGGCGGCGUGGCAGCAGGCAUUUGGAAUGUUUGUGCACUCGCUCAUCCAAAGCACAGAAUACCCUGACCGGUUUUCUUCAUCUCUCUUAAAGAAACAAGGGCCCCCCAAAACACCAGGCAGUUAGACCGAUCGGAUCUUUGCCAGUUUGGGCGUUUCCAUAGGAGACUGUAGAUUAGGCUCCUAUGUUUGUCUGGCUCUGAAGCAGCAUCCUCUUUAGGGGAAAAGGGGGCAGGAAGGGAGACGAUGCCAUUUCUGUCUAGGCUAAGCAAGCCAUCUCACCAUGCACCCUUGCAGAAAGAAGAGACCCAAAUCUUGUGCCCCUUCUCUCAAUUAGAGCCAGCAUCCAUGAGAGUGAUUUCAUAGCAAGAGAAGGAAGAAAAUGCUUCAUAGCCUCAAUAAAGAAAGCUCAAGAUUAGAGAUUUCUUGUUCAUUGCAAUGAAAUGGACAAAUUGGGCUUGGAAAAACAGGUUUACUCCACCCAAGAGUGUGUAUAUAUAUAUAUGUAUAUAUAUGUAUAUGUACAUAUGUAUGUCAUAUAUUUCUUAGUAGGGAACAAACUCAGAAACUAGUCCACGAUUGAAUACUUAAUAUACAAAUAGGCCCCAGGAUGGAGGAUUGUCUCAAAAUUCCACUCUCUUUAAAGCAUUCCUAUGUAAUCAUCUCCAUUUCUCUGAUUUUUAGUGAAAAGGGGGGGGGGGACCCAUCCCUUUAGAAUAAGAUGAAGGGCUUGGGGGAUGGGGGGAAUUGGAGUGGGCAAGGAUACGCCCUUCUGGAGUUGAUACAAAGUUGAAUUCAAUUCAGCAAACACUUACUGAAUACAAGAUGAUUGUAACCUUUUAAAAAAAUACAGCGUAGCCAAGAGAUGCAUCCAUCUUCAAAGAUGCAGUAAGAAAUGCCCUGCAGCCAAGCUGUGUGGGUUUAUUGAAGAUCCCAAAUUUCUAGAAUUUUUAAUCCAGCUCCAGGCACAGGGGUGAUUUUUUUUUUUUUGGAGACUUAGAAGUGCAAUCUUUGAGGAAAUUACUUAAAAAAUAAAACUUCCCCUAGAUGGACCAUACCCUGAUAAACAAAUGGGCCUCCAAAUUGAUGGAGUCACGACUAAAACCCAAACUUCAGAUUAUGUCCCCUGCUCUUGACUGGCUUAAAAACUGGCUCCCCUUUCUCUCACCCCCUCCUUUAAUCGAUGGCCUCCCUUCUUCCUAUCACUCUCCACUGGUGCUGUUAGGAAAGUGGGAUGAGAUAGAACAGGCCAGAGACAGGAAGGAAAGGAGUAACCUGGCCUCAUGGGUGGUGGGUGGGUGAAUGUGGGCGAGAGCUGCUGGUCUUCCCUUUACAGGUGUCUUCAAGGCACAAUUUGGGGGCUGUAGAAUAACAAGUUGUCCUUACAUCUUGGUAUUGAAUAGAACUCUGCUGUCUUGCAUUUCCUCUUCUUCCAUUCUUCUCUUUUCUCUUUCCUCUAUUUCUUUCAUUCUCUUUUUAUUCCUCCCUUUUUAGCAUUCCUUUUUCUUUUUCUCCUCUUCCUCUCUCUUUUUCCCUUCUCUCCCUUAUUUCAUUCUCUUCAGGCAGUUCUGCCCUGCCUUUGGGGGUCAGCCAUUCCUAUUGACAUCAGUGAGAGCCACCAUUUCCAUCUUAGUGAAGGACUGUUUCCAAAAUGAUGAGAUUAUCCCGUAGCCCCAUUACUAGUCAGAACUAGCCAACCUAACUCCAUAUUUUGAUGUUGAGUAGAUAGAGGAUUCAUGGCAUCUCAUCUUGAGAUAGGGAGUCUUCUUCUCCCCGCCCCCCCCCCCAAUCAAUCAAAUGGUUUUUAAAGAACAUCUUCCACUGUCUAGAUUGCCUAAGAAUCGAGUUCCUGGAGUCCCCGUGAAGCGGUGAGAUCUCACUGGUGCCCGUUAUCAGUGGGCUCCUAAAGAGCAUCAGUGUGACUGUGCAGAGAGUGCUGAAUGAGAAGUUGAGACCCUCCAUUCCGCUUUAGCCCUUGGAGACAAUAGACUGACCCUUUGUGCCCCUCCACUGCCUAGGCUUUGAGAGGAGAGAGCUGGCCCAGAGCAUCUCUAAGGUUGAGCUUUCAGCUCGUACCAUUUGUGGGUGAUCGUGUGCGUAAGAAUGGAAUGGCUCUUUGGAAAGCGAUGAUAAAUGCUGGGCAAUUUGUGUAAUCUCCUUAUACCUGGGAAGGUAAAUAAUAUGCAUUCACAGAAAAAUCCUAUAUUUAGAGGCCCCCAAAGAGGCACGGCAGUUUCUAUUUUGUGUCUUAAUGGCUUGAAAUCAGUCAUUAAAAUCUCCAAGGUAAAAUGAUUAUGCCAAAGGGGGGGGAGGAGGGGCAACUGGCACAGUUCCAACCAUGUAAUUUCAGGUAAUAUGCAUUCUAAUACCAAGGCUACCUCCAUUUAGCAGCCUGGAAGCCAUGUGUGCAUGCUAAGAACUGUCUGAGGAUGAAAAUUAUCCUGCCUGCCAAUGGUUUCUGCCCUUUUUAGUUGAAAACUACCAGGGAGAGAAGAAAGUCAUUUAGCUACUAAAAAGGUAACUUUUCAGGAUCCCCUCCAUGAAACAAGCUUAAACUAAGAGUUUGCUGGCAGUUUCCAAGAGUGCGUGAGCUUAGGCAAGCCAGCAGAAGGGAGAGAUCUCCAGUCAGAAAUGCUUGCUUUUGGGGGUGGGGGGAGAAGGGGGAAAGCCCGACUACCACCCCAGUUUGGCCAUUACAAAUAUUGCCAGGCCACACCAAGUCUUAACCCACCCUAGCCCUUGCCUGUGACUUCCUGGUAAGAAAACAAGGAGAAUCAGCCUUUUACAAUUAAGUCAACUAUUACCUCUCCCACUUAUUCCCCCCUCCCCCAAAAGGAGUUGUCAUUUCAGUGGCUGUCAUUGAGAGCCAUUGCUUUUGUGUGUAAAAUGGCAUUUAGCUUUAAUAAAAAAAAAUGUUUCCCAAAGCUCCUACUCGCCCCCCCAAAUGCUCAAUUUUCGAGUUCUACAUUACAGAGAAGCCCCCUUCAGGUGAGGGAGAGGACUGUUUUCCCAGCACCUCUGCCCCCCCCCCUUCUGUCUAGAGAGGUCACCUUUUGUUAAUCACUUCUCGUGGGUUACUUUUGUUUAUUCCAGAAUGUCCCAAAGUCUAAUUAAGGUCUUCUUAUGAUGCAACGUUCUCUAGCAAUGUUUAGAUUUUGAAGUUUCUACCAUAAAAUGAUAUUUAUCAAACUUUCUGUAAUCAGAAAGGAAAGGUGCCUUAUAUCCUGAUGUCAUUAGCAUGUCCCCAUUGAAAAGGACCUAAAGCACAGUGUAUACAUGAGCAGACAGGACAGAUUUAGUUAAAAGUUAAAAAAAAAAAUCACAAUGCAGCUGAGUGGCCCUGGAUUGCUAAUUAGAAAAGAAAACUAGAAAGCACUUAAAUAGAUUAGCGUGUGAAAAGCUUGGUGCAAUAAACAUUUUAUAUUAUUUUAGUUUUAAAAGCUUAAAACUGUAUUGCACACCGAAUGUAGACAAAGAAGCUUUCGACUGGGGUGAUUCAAGUCAUAUCCUUAUCUAAGUAGAUUCACUGGGGUUCCUUUUGCCUUUCGAGUUAAGAUGGAGCAGACCUCAGUCUGCCACCCCAACCCUCGUGGCCACUGGCUGGCGACCACGGAGGGACCCUUACAUCCUGACGAGCAAGCGGCUUGUCCGUACACGCUCAUUUUCAAGACCUUGAUUCAUCAAGCACCCAUAUGGUCUGGACCUGAGGAACAGCACCUCUUUUCUUGGAUGCCUUGAAAUAUUUCUAUAGAAGGAAGGAAUGUCACGACACCAGCCUGGACCUUGGGAAGUCAGGAGGCUUUUCCAUUCUGUUCCUUUUGCGCUCCCACCUGGUCAGCACUUCCAAGCCCUGGUUUUGGUUGUUUUGUUUUGUUUUUCCUUACUUAAAUUAACCAGGCACUGACCUGUCAACAUAAAGAUGAUUAUAAAAGGAUGUCUUCUUUAAAGGUUAUUUCUAUCCUCUUCUAUUUAUUAUUAGGUUCAUUAUUUUAAAUCCUUUGCCAGAGUAGUUUGGUUAUUUGUGUGUGCGUGUGUGUAUGUGUGUGUGUGUGCGUGCUUUUCCCCAUAUGAACACAACUUACACCUUUCCCAGAUUCCUGGGAUGAGUGAAUCCUGGCCAGCUGGGGCCAGGACAGAGUAGAGCUAUUUCUAGUGGAUUGAUGGGUUCAGAGUCUGCUUAGCACAAUCAAGGCACCCAUUUUUUGCAGUAAGCCCUUUAAAAGAUUUCCAUCCAUUCCUCACCAUUUAACCUGAAGAGUUUACGAACAAAAACCCACCAGUUAUAAUGCUAAGUGCUGAGAUGACAGAAGCUUGGUGUGAGGGACUGCAAACGAGACUUAGAAAGAAGCCAAGGCCAAAAACCCAAAGCCUCCUAGAGCCUCUCUCAAUACUUUGGAGUUCAUGAAGAUAGAGUCCUCUUUGGCAGGAAGUGCAUUGCAGUCUAUCCGAGGCUAUCGCUUUCAGAUGAGAGACGGGUUUCCUGCAAUGUACAGCUCGGUUCACAUGUUUUAGUUGAUGGAUUCAGAGUCGUGAUUGUUGUUAUUUUCUUGCCUAUGAAGUUAGCCAAAACUGUCUGGUGAAGCACCAUCUUUUCCUAGUGUCCGCCAUCGCAGGGCCUCUCGGAACUAGGACAGAAUGGGGAAGGGGCCUGGAAUGUUCAGGCAAGCAUUCUGGGGGCAAAAUCCCAGCGACAGAGCGAGGCAGCAAUUUUCACAAAAUGAAAACGAUGCUCAAGAUCUCGCCUGGUUUCCAAGGGAAGGGAGGGAAGGAGCAAGAAGGGGUCUGCUUUCCAACUGCCAGGGCUUCCGUCAAAUCUAAACCAGCAUGGGUCCCAGGAGAAAGACGCUUCCUUAAAGUAGGCACAGGCCUAAGGAACUGAGCACAUCACUGCUUCUAUGGAUCAGAAGCAAACUCCCACUUUGCCUUUUAAGGAUGGAUGGUCCCACUAAACAAUAGACCUUUUUUUCCUGAAUAUAUUUUUGUGUGUGUGCUGUGGCUUUUUCCCCGUUUUGUUCCUGUUUUUUUUUUUUUUAUUUGGGGUUUUUUUUUGGGGGGGUGGAACUAGGUGAUGCUUUUGUUUUGAGUAAAGUCCUCUGAUUUAAAAAAAAAAAAAUCAUUGUUCCCCUCUGCAGAGGGUUUUCAUUUUUACCCAAAGUCUAUGCAUUUCUAUAGAUUGAGCUGGUUUUCAGCCUCUUUUCUCAAGAACGCUGGCAGGACAUGUCCCACCCUUGACAAACCCCUCGGAAAAAUGCCGUCUAUUUAAGCGACUCGAGAAUUUGGAGAAAAUUCCCAAGGCAUUUGAGAGUAACUUGUUAUAACAGAAAAGGGUUGGUUUUUUUUUCCUCUCAUUUAUUUUUAAGUGGUUUUCUUCACAUCCCUUUUUGUUUAGUAAGAAAUUUAACUCUUUGCAUUUGUGCAAUAACUACUUGCCAUGAUAAUGGGCAGUUUUUUUCAUGCCCUGACUACUAAUACAGCACAAAAUGAACUCAAACAGAAAGUGGUGUACUUUUUCCUGAGAACGAUUUUUUUGUCAAUUUCAUUUUUUUGAAAUAAGCUCAGUUUUACCCCAGUGUACUGUGGUGUCUUACAUUUUUAGCAGUAUUUUAUAUUUUUUUUUUCUGUAACGCACUAAGUCUUAGAUGUUUUUAGAGCUUGUUUGUUAAAUUCACAAUCACAGAUUUAAAAAAAAAUCCUCACAAAGACCCAAUUGACCAAAAAAAAGUGUCAUUUUUUUGUACAAAUAGCUUUGAGAAGCCUUUCUUGUGUUGCUGUGGCUCAUCUUUUGUAACAUUUUAUUUCUUGCUAUUUGUUUAAACAUAAAAAGUAAAAGUUUAUAUGGCAGGCAUUGGCGGGCAAAAGUCCCUCUGGGCCAGCCCAAUGGCAUUGUUUCUUCUGUCCUUGUUUGGUUAGCCAUAUAAUGUUUGUUCUCAGCACUGUACAACGGUCCCUAUAUGAUAUGGAGAAGCAAUAUCACUGUAUGAAACUCACACGAUGUAUUAUUAUUAUUAUUCACUAGCACCCUAGGUGUGAUAAUUGAAGUAAAUAUCUUUUAUACAAACACAAGAA